GCCGCCGCCGCGGGAGACCCAGCCAUCUCCCGCUCCGGAGGGGUGGGGCGGCGGCGGCCCGGGAGGCGGCCCGGGCCAGGUAGACGGGACCGCUCCCUCUUCGGAUGCCAGCGGAGGCGGCGGAUUUGCUUCCAAGCAUGCCCUUCCAGAAGCACGUCUACUACCCGCUCGCCAGCGGCCUGGAGGGUCCCGACGCCCCCGCAGCUGACUCAGCCGCGCGAUCCGCGAUGGCCAAUGCUCCCCACAGCGCGGCGUCGGGCCCCCUGCCCUUCUUCCAGUUCCGGCCGCGGCUGGAGAGCGUGGACUGGCGGCGGCUGAGCGCCAUCGACGUGGACAAGGUGGCGGGGGCCGUGGACGUGCUGACACUGCAAGAGAACAUCAUGAACAUCACCUUCUGCAAGCUGGAGGACGAGAAGUGCCCGCACUGCCAGUCGGGGGUGGACCCGGUGCUCCUGAAGCUCAUCCGCCUGGCGCAGCUCACCAUCGAGUACCUGCUGCACUCCCAGGAAUUCCUCACGUCGCAGCUGCACAACCUGGAGGAGCGCCUGCGCCUGAGCAUGGCCGAGGGUGAGCAGAACAAGAAGCUCCUCGCCAAGCAGGCUGGGGAGAUCAAGUUACUCAAGGAAGAGUGUAAACGCAGGAAAAAGAUGAUCUCGACCCAGCAGCUGAUGAUCGAGGCCAAAGCCAGCUAUUAUCAGUGCCAUUUCUGUGACAAGGCCUUUAUGAACCAAGCUUUUCUACAAAGUCACAUUCAGCGCCGCCACCCCGAAGAUUCUCAUCUCGAGUAUAAGAAAAAGGCACAGACUGAUAAGCUCCAGAGUGAGAUUGAUAUGCUGAAGGAGCAGCUGCAGCUCACCAGGUCUCAGCUGGAGGCUGCACAGCACGCCCACGCUGUCAGGUUCUCUAAGGAAUAUGAAAUGCAAAAAACAAAAGAGGAAGAAUUUCUGAAGUUAUUUGAUAGGUGGAAAGAAGAAGAAAAGGAGAAACUAGUUGGCGAAAUGGAAAAAGUCAAGGAAAUGUUUAUGAAAGAGUUUAAAGAAUUGACUUCCAAGAAUUCAGCCUUAGAAUAUCAAUUGUCAGAAAUCCAGAAGUCCAGCAUGCAGAUCAAGUCCAACAUAGGCACGUUGAAGGAUGCACACGAAUUUAAAGAAGAACAGCCUCAAUAUCCCCAGGAUUUCCAAAAUGUGAUGCAACUUCUUGACAGUCAGGAAAGCAAGUGGACGGCCCGAGUUCAAGCUCUUCAUCAAGAACACAAGAAAGAGAAGGGCCGGCUCUUGUCACAUAUAGAGAAACUUCGAACCUCCAUGAUAGACGAUCUCAAUGCAAGCAAUGUUUUCUACAGGAAAAGGAUAGAAGAGCUAGGGCAGAGACUCCAGGAACAGAAUGAACUGAUUAUCACGCAGAGACAACAGAUUAAAGAGUUUACCAGUAAACCAUUAAACAGCGUCACUGAACCCAAAGGGAAUCCUUCAACCUGGCAAACUUUUGAAUCUAAGCCAACUGCCCCAGCUGUACCUAUGAGUGCCUCAGCCGUACAGACUGUGGAUGCUAAAUCAGGUCUCACAAUGGCACAUGAACAGGCGUUCUCAUCGCACAUACUGGAACCGAUAGAAGAGCUUUCAGAGGAAGAAAAAGGAAGGGAGAACGAACAGAAAUUAAAUCACAACAAGAUUCACUUAAGGAAAACGUUGAAGAGUAACCCCUCCCUCACGAAGGAAAUAAGGAGUGUCUUGGAGCAGAGUUUGCUAGAGAAACUAGAAACCUUUGGGAUUAAUGCGGAUAUACGUGGAAUUCCAAGCGAUCACUUCAGUAGGGUGCUAAGAACUGUGGAAUCAGCGAGACAUGAACAAGAAAGACAAAUACCCAACAUUCAGAAAAUUCGAGAAUUCCUUGAACAGGAGGUCAGCUGUAAAAUUGAGGAGAGAACCUUACUGUCCUCAGAUAAGUACGGUGCUCCUCCUCAAGUGGAAACCCUUUCAAAUGGAGAAAUACCCAAGGCAGUACAGCUUCCUCCCAGAAGCAGACAGCUGACAAGACAAAGACCUGUUUUUACCGAUAGGACGUCUGUCCCAAAAAUUAAGAAAAAUAUCAUAGAAGAUCAUUUUCCCGGAAAGUCUUCAACUAUUACGACACCUCCGUUCAGUUCGGAGGAGGAACUGGACAGUGAUGACCUCAUGCAGGCCUGCGCAUCCCCAGACUUUCUUCCGGUGCAGCCCUCUGAAAGCAACAAGAGCGGCUUUGGGAAGAACAUUGUCAAAAGCGACGCUGACUGGACCGAGGGAAGUGAAACUGAGGACUCCGACAUUUCUCCCAAGCCCACAGGAACCUUCAUUAAAACACUGACUGAAAAAGUUGAAAAGACCGUUUCAAAUCACAGAAACGUGAAUAAGCCAGUUGGUGGAAUUAAUGUUGCUGAGGCGUUCAUCAAAAAAGAAUUCAAAGAAGAACUAAAGUGUGCAGAUGUGGAGGACGAUGACUGGGACAUAUCAUCCGUAGAGGAAGAAAGAUCUCUGGGGAAGAAAACUGGGAGAGAACAGAGGGAACCUCUACCUGUGAAGAAUGAGUCAAAUUCUACUCAAGUGCCAAGCGCCUGGGGUGCAUCUAAUCUGAAGGGGCCAAAGGGAGGACUUCAAGAUGAAUCCAGCACACUGAAAAGCAGCUUAGUAACUGUGACUGAUUGGAGCGACUCUUCAGAUGUAUAACCGCAGCCUGAGUCAGAAGGUGCAGAUGCCAACAGGAUUCCAGUAAUCUGCCCACAAGAUUCUAGCACUCCUGCCUUACAGUAUUUCCCACAAUAACAAGGAAGCUGAUUCAAAGAACAAGGGUCUCUUUAACAGCACCUAAUUCAGUACUGAAAAACAAAUUGUCAACAGUAUUUUGAAGCAUAUAGAGGGUGUUUAAGACUUCUGCUGAAUAAAAUUAAUGUCAUUUGAAGUCAUAAAAAGUUUUUUCUUCAGAACGGUACUCUAGUGUGUAAGUGUAUUUUUUUCAACUAAUUUUUAAGUGAUUUUUUUUUUAAACUUAAAGCAGGUUUUGGUUUGAAUUAAAAAAAUUUUUUAUAUCUUUCUUGCGUGCAUUAUCACACUGGAAGUGUUUUAUUAUAAAAUUCUGCUAGUAUGCUUAAACUUGAACUACUGAAAUCAAUGAAAUCUUAAGAGUAGAUUGGUUAUCUUUCAUAUAGAAAUAAGUUUAGAAUUAGAAAAAUACAGCUAGGCCGCCGCUUUGAGCCACUGUAAGCACGUUGUAUUAAACAAUUACUUUAGAACGUUAAAUACCAUUUCUGCAGUAUAAUCUUUGCCUUGGAUAUUUUAUGAAUAAAAUGUAGCUGUUUUCAAUCAGAAUCUGAAUAGAAAAGAUUGAGUCAUUACUGAA